AUGCUGCGGAACCUGGCCGCCAACGAACAGCAGCGCCUGCUCGACUGCUUCAACGAGACCUGGCGGUCAGGGCAGGUGCCAGAGUCCUGGCGCUUGGCCAUCGUGGCCCCCAUCCUGAAGGCCAGAAAGCCGGCCGGGGACCUGUCGUCCUACCGGCCGGUCUCCCUCACCUCUGCGGCCUGCAAGGUGAUGGAGGCCAUCGCUCUGGUCCGGCUGGACUGGGUGGCUCGUGCCAGGGGCUUCCUGGUCGACCAACAAACAGGCUUCCGGCGCCAACGAUCCACUGCAGACUCCAUUGCAAACGUGGUCUCCACACUGGAGGAGGCCAAGGCCCGUGGAAACAUCGUACUCUUGGUGCUCAUCGACAUCAAGGGAGCCUUCGACGGCCUGCCCCACCCAGUCAUCCAGCAGGCCCUGGACCUCCUCGGCAUUGGGGGAAACCUGCGCCGCUUCAUCACGUCCUUCUUGAAGGAACGCACACUCCAGGUACGUGUGGGGAAAGCAAAGAGCUCUCCUCGUGCAGUGGCGGCAGGCGUUCCGCAGGGGUCUGUGGUGAGUCCCUUCCUGUUCAACCUGGCCAUGGCUCGGCUGCCUGCCGCCCUGCCGAUCGACCCUCACUUUCCUGUCGAGUCCUCGAUCUAUGCAGAUGACAUCGCCCUGUGGGUCCGAGGACGACCGCAGCACCUUCGCAGCGCACGCAAGGCCCUGCAGCGAGCCUUGGACACUGCAGCGGCCUACCUGAGCAGCAUCGGCCUGGACAUCUCGGCCGAGAAGACGGAGGCCAUGCUGCUCCACCCGCGAGCAGCCGCUCGCCGCCAAGCUGCCCGGCUGCACCUGCAGGACGUCGCCAUCCCCUGGAGCACGGCAGUCACAUACCUGGGGCUACGCAUUGACCACCGGCUCACCUGGCUGCCUGCUGCCAGGGCCCUGUACGCGCAGGUACUCCGGGUCCGCAAGGCCGUCUCGCAGCUCCUCGCCCGCGGACAAGGCUGCACAACCAGGUUGGCCUUGCAACUCUUCGAUGCAGCAGCCACCUCACGCCUGCGGUACGCCCUCCCACUGGUGGCGCUACCACCACCCCGCCUGAAGAAGCUGGAGCUGCAACACGGGGCAGCAGUUCGGCUCUGCCUAGGUGUUCCGCGCAACUCGCAGGUCGCUGCCACCCUGGCCGAGGCUGGAGCGUGGCCCUUGCCGCUGCUGCUCCUACAGCAGGGCCUGCGGCACAUCGACCGACUCCACCAUGCUGCAGACGGAGGUGGCCUGCUGACCCGCUUGCGCUCACGGCCUUCCUCGCAGAUGGGGCGGCUGUGCUGCCUGUACGAGGAGGUGAUCGGGAACCCCCCACCCAACACAGUGCAGCUGCCCCCACCCCAGAGACCUCCUAUCGCCAUCACCACGGAGCUACCAGGCAUCACCAAGCGGCGAUCACCGACCUGCGCAUUGCAGCAGACGGCGGCCUCACUCCUCCACGAGGACCUUGAGGGCCACCUGCAGGUGUUCGUCGAUGGCUCCGUGGUCCCCGACACAGGCUCGUCGACGGCGGCGUGCAUCAUACCUGCCCUGCAGAAGAGUAGGCAGUGUCGCCUUCCAGCCUAUGCGAGCUCCACAGCAGCGGAGGUAGCAGGCCUCCACCUUGCUGUCGACCUGCUCACAGAGGAACCCCCAGAGACUCCAGCAGCAAUCUUCUGCGACUCCAAGGCAGCCCUCUUGAGCCUGCAGAGGCCGGAGAGGGCGAGCCUGGGGGUCGCCCUCCUCUCAACGCGACUGGCGGCACUACAGGAUGCAGGUUGCCCGGUGUCCCUGCACUGGAUCCCUGCUCAUGUAGGCAUCCCGGGCAACGAGGAGGCUGAUGCCCUAGCCAAGAGUGCCCACCACGGUGACGUCCCCUUGAGUGCGGCAGUCACAGCCGCGGACUUCACGAGGCUCCGGCUUCAGCGGCACCUCCAGGUGUCCCAUCCUGACAAACGCGUGUCCUUGGGACACCCCCCACGGCAGCUACCGCAACGCGGCCUUGCACGGAGGGAGAGUUCGCUACUACUCCGGCUGAGAAUCGGCUGUUGCUGGACAGCCGCACGACGCCAUCGGCUUGGCCUCAUCGCCUCACCUGCCUGCGCCUCCUGUGGUGAACCAGAGACACUGGAGCACCUCCUGCUGGCCUGCCCGGCACACAACCAACCCCGUGGACUGCUCCUGCAGGAGUUUCGCCGCCUUGGACUUCCCACCACAGGACAGGAGGACAUCCUCUUCCCCCGUCGAAACCACCUCCCGGCCUUGCUCAGCGUAGUUGAGUACCUGGACUCGUCAGGGCUCUCAACAACUCUCUAA